CCCCCGCGCCUCCCCCCGGGCCCCCCCCCCCCCCCCCCCCAUCAUCACCUCUGUUGUACAGGUUUCUUCACUCUUCGAGGGUGAACGGGAGAACAUCGAUCGACUAACAAUCUUGUUUUCCAUCUUUGUUUUCUUCGCUUGUUUUUCUUGUUUGUUUUGGCUCAGAGUGACAGCAUAUAUACUUUCGAGAACGGUGAUCACGAUUCUAAAAUCGUGAUAAAGUACAUACUUUUCGAUGCUGAGUGACUGUUUAGACGAUUUACAACACCUAGUAACACACUUUAUUUUUUACAGUGUACAUGCCUAGAAUCUUUAUCUUUUUAAUACCUGAAUUCCUGCAUCUCCUAAUCUAUCACUAUUUGCUUUAUCAUUAGCAUGAUUUCAUUUCCUCAUCUCUCAAUCUGUCAUUCCUUACUUUCUCAAUCCUAUGAUUCCUUCAUUCCUUGAUUCCUUCACUCCUUGAUUCCUCGCUUCCUUCAUUUCUCACUCAAUCACUCUUUACUUUCUCAAUACUACCACUCUUUCAUUCCUGCGAGGGCUGUUAGAAUACACAAAAAAUGUGUAAAAUACUUUUCUCUACGAAGAAUCGCCAGCAGUCUUCUUCCUAGUUUUCCUUCCACUUUUCUACCCUUUUUUCUACUUUUCAUACUUUUCAAACUUUUCAUACUAUUCCGCUUUUCAUACUUUUAAUACAUUUCACAGCCUUCCCACUUUUCAUACUAGUCAACUUUCCAUACUUUUCAUCGUUUUCAUACUUUUCUUCGCUCUCCCAGGCUUCUACCUUUCGUACUUCUCAUCGCUUUCAUACUUUUCAACCUUUUCAUACCUUUCAAACUAUUCUACUUUUCAUAGUUAUCAUCUCUUUCAUAGUUUUCAUCCGUUUCACCGCUCUCAUACUUUUCAUCGUUUUCAUACUUUUCAUCUGCCUCUCUUAGCGCGGUAAUGCUUUUCGUCGCUUUCAAACUUUUGAAACUAUUCUACUUUCCAUAGUUUUCAUCCGUUUCAUCGCUUUCAUACUUUUCAACCUAUUCUACGUUUCAUAGGUUUCAUCCGUUUCAUCGCUUUCGUACUUUUCAUCUCUUUCAUAGUUCUCAUAGUUUUCAUCCGUUUCGUCGCUUUCAUACUUUUCAUAGUUUUCAUACCUUUCAUUGCUUUCAUACUUUUCAAACUGUUCUGCUUUUCAGUUUUCAUCGCUUUCAUCGCUUCAAUCGCUUUCAUAGCGUAUAUCCGAGUCAUCAGCUUCCAUCAUUUUCACACUUUUCAUGCCUUUCAUACUUUUCGUCUGCCUCUCUUAGGGGUAAUGCUUCUCAUUGCUUUCACACUUUUCAAACAAUUCUACUUUUCAUAGCUUUCAUACUUUUCAUCCGGGUCAUCCGCUUUUAUACUUUUCAUCCGGGUCAUCCGCUUUCAUACUUUUCAAAUGCCUUUGUUAGCUUCAUACUUUUCAUAGUUUUCGUCCGUUUCAUACUGUUCAUCGCUGUCACAGUUUUCUACUUUUCGUACUUUUCACCACUUUCAUACUUAUCAUACUUUUCAUUCCCUUUCAUGCAAUGAAAAGUGUGAAAGACAGAUGAAGAGUAUGAAAGCCACCAAAAGUAUGAAAAGCAGUAAAAAUUUAAACGCUUGAAAAGUUGAAAAGUAUGAAAGCGAUGAAAAGCAUGAAAACGAAUACGUCUCGAGUGUCAGGAUCAGUCGACUUUUAACUUAUACUUACACUAUAACAAUAUAUUCAUGCAGUACAUUUCAUCUUACACAUUUUUUGUGUAUUCUAACAGCUUUGAUUCCUGCAUACUUACAGUAUUCCUCAUUUCUAAAUUCCUAUCUUCAUCUAAUACUGACAAUAGUAAAUAAGAAUACAGUCAUUUCUUUUAUGCGAAUUGUGAACUGAAAAUUGACGAAUGCGGACUGAAAAUAAUUCGUUGCGAACUCGUUUAUAUUUUAGUUCAUAGCGAAAGCGGAUUCGACACUAUGUUCGGCUUGUUGAACUCCCAUAAACUUGAACAGAAAAGGACAGUUGAGAACCAGUUCUUAAACGCCCGUUUAUGGACUUUGCGAAACGGGCUUUUGAACUCCAUUAAAUGCAAAUUUGUAAACGGGUGUGGAACGGACAAAGCUGGAAAUUUUUAUCAGUCGUGAACAGGAUCGAAACGGGGUUCCGACGCACGUUCCAUGUUGUUUUUUCGCUCUUGGGAGGGCAAAGUCUGGGUUGCACGAUGAAUUAUUAAAAAUAGCUGAGGAUGAAAGUCGUGUUUCUAAUUGAUUAGUCAACUUUUACAUAAAAAUUUGUCAACCAAAACUCAUCAAAAAGUAACGUCAAAUAUACCAUUAGAUAGUGCUUGAAAUACUGCAUGUACCUGUUGUAGGUACUUAAAAUUGACUAGGAAUCUCUUGUCAUUUAAACCGAUUUUUUUCUGCUCGCUAACGAUAUCCUGAGAAUGACUCACUUAUCUGCUUAUUUCCAGUGUUUAACUCAAGUUGAGGUUUUUCAGAGGUAACAGGUUUGUAGAGAAAACCUUUUUCUACAAGAUUUCAUGUUUAAAAGUAAUUAACAGCUUAUGACGUAUAUAUCAUUCUAUUGAGUGUACCUUUAUAUAACUAAGAACAAUAUAAUCCUGUUUUAUUGUUUUUUUCUUUUUGUGUUAGUAUAAUGCAUAUGUAAAAGCCUGUUGAAAAGAAUGAUAUACACGUCAUCAGCCGUUAAUUACUUUUAAGCAUGAAAGAGCUGAUCGUGUAGAAAAACGUUUUCUCUACAAACACCUUAUCUUUGAAAAAAAUUUCACUUUACAGUGAUUAUCAUACUCUCGAGCAGGCGAUAACGAUGAUUUUGAGUCAAUAGAAUAAUCUGCAAAUGUAAUAAGCUUUUAAUCUGACAUAAGUCUGAUAUGUUUUGUGAAGACGUUACGUUCUCGGAGAUCAGAAAAAAUGUCUUCUCAGUUCUGCAUGAUAGAUUAUUUAUAUUUGGUAAGUUUUAUUAUUCGCAGAUGACUUGUUUCGUGUUCUCAAAAUUUGCUGUUUUUUAACAACAUCUGUCUCCAACUUUUGAAAAAAGUCUCCUUCGAAAUUUUUUUCUCUGCCUCUGUAAACAUUUCGUAUCAUCUCUUUGAAACCUUUUUCCUAGAUUACUCUCUUCAAUUUAGUAUGGCCUUAUCCAGGGCCGCAAACAGGAGUCGAACAUUAGGGGGGUGAAUCAAAAUUUCUCUGAGGUAGUAUGAAAUUGAUAAAACAAGAACUUGUGUGAGGAGUAAUGGAUAAAAUAGCAACAGCUUUCAAUUAUUCGGGGGAUGUGCAUCAUCCCACACCCUCCCGUUAUUUGCGCAUCUGGCUUAACCUGCGUCCUCUUUGCUCCAUCAACCAAAUUCUUGAAUUCGUGCUAGUAUUUAUAUUAUGUGUCUCUUUUCUUUAUGAUCAGUAGUAUUCUCAUUUUCUUCAUUAAUCUUCUCUUAACCAAAACACAUUAUGUCAUCCUCCAGCAUUAUUUCCACUAUCAGUAUCUACGCAUUUCGAUCAUUGCCACCAAUAUUAAUCGUGUCUGGCUUAUUUGGGAACUUUUUCAACUUGAUCAUAUUCACCCUGAAGUCACUGCGGAAUUACUCAAGCAGUCGUUAUGUGUUUGCUUCGUCAGUGAGUAAUUUUGUUGUGAUCGCUACAGGACUACUCCCAGGAUCGUUUUUGGGAUUUGGCUUUAAUAUUAAUUGGAGAAACUAUUCGAACAGUCAUUGUAAAUGGAUUUUCUAUGUAAGUUAUUCUGCUGCGACGAUAUCGACGGCACUAUUGCUUAUGGCAUGUAUUGAUCGAUAUCUGCGUUCAUCAUCAAAAGUGAACUAUCGAAAUUUGGCCACAGCUAAAACGGCAACACGUUAUGUUAUUCCAACAGUGAUUGCUGUUUCUUGUCUACUCUAUAUUCAUAUACUAUUCUUUUUUGAAAUUCAAUUCGGUCAAUGUCAGGCGGCUGGUGGAUGGUACUCGAAGUUUUUUCAGUUCUGGUAUCUUUUGUUUUACACUCUAUUACCACCUACUUUGAUGAUCAUAUUUGGUUUGCUUACUCUGAAUAACGUUAAAAAACAGCGACAACGUCUUGCUGCGGCACCAAGAGCAAGAGCAAUUACUGUUCCCACAAUCACUAUAUUUUUGGCUUCCCCUUCCAUUGGCACUGCCGGAAGCGCAGCCCAACAACAGCGACGUCAACGUCGUGAAUCAACAAUGCGAAAACUCAUUCUAAUUCAAGUGUUUACGUAUGUUCUAUUUUCGUUGCCAAUUAGUGGCUUUCGUGUCUAUCAACUAACUAUCACUACAAGACCUGCAACUGAAAUGGAAAAUUUUCUCUAUCACUUAUUUGCAUGCCUGCAAUAUGUCAAUUUUACAUUCACAUUCUAUACGAGUACGCUAACAUCGAAAACGUGUAGAAAAAAAUGGCAGAAGCUAUUGAACGAAUGCAAAGAGCAAUGCUUAAGACGAUUUUUCAACCACUUCUGAUCAGACCAGGACUGCCGACUCAGAACGCUAAGAAAUCACAGAAAAUCAGGAGACUUGAUUUUGUUGUUCAAAACGCAGGAGAAACGGUUAUAUCUGAACUUUUUUUAAAACUGAGCCUCAUUCUAUCUCUUUUUGCUCUUUCUUCAUUCCGUAUGGCUUAUAGAAGAAAUUUGACCUCAACUAUAUUUAAACAAGAAAAAAUUUUGGAAAAAUAGAACAGUUUUCUUGUGUAAAUACGGUCUAUCAAAUACGGUAUGUAUGAACUUAAAGGCUUUAAGUUCGUGACACGACUAUUGCGCGAGGGCAGUGUGAGAGCGAGUCCGAAAAGUAGUUUCACAUAAAAGCUAUUUGCAUGACAUAGUGUGAAUUUGCUUGAGCUUUCGAGGUACUUAUCAUCUAUGUCAGUAUCUCAAGUUGACGGCAGUCUAAAAUUUUUUGAACGAGCGCGUUCAGUGAUCCCUAUUGGCUUGUUAGUUUCCGCCUACAUGAGAGUUGGGUUUUGAAAAAGUUUUCUAAGGAGUUUUCCAGAGAUCCGGUCUCUGGAAAACCUUCAGAAAACUUUCUCAAUAUUUAAAAAUGAUGCCACUGGAAAGAGCAUUGUCGAAAACCUAUAAGAAACAUGUUUCGAGUCGUUCAGGUUACUUUAUCUUGAAAUUCAAAUUUUCAGCACGAAA